AGGAUCUUGGUAGCGCAAUGGGAAGACCUCGACCCAAUGACACCGUGCCUGUCGGCCAGGAAUAUUCCGGCCAUGACAUGCAAUCCAAUGCUUCGCCAACGGGCGGCUCUCCUUAUGCAUCGCCUUCUCCUCCACCUGAGAAGUCUCUUGUCAGUUCUGACACUCCAGUGUCAUACCCUCCACCUGAGCCAGAGGUGCCACCACCAGGGCAUCCAGGGACUACUCCGGUCCAACCAAAUGGCCAGAACAUCGGGCGCCCAUGGACGACAGGACUAUUUGAUUGUGGCUUGAAUCAAACAAAUGCUGUUAUGACUGCCUAUUUCCCGUGCGUAACCUUCGGGCAGAUUGCCGAGAUCUUAGAUGAGGGACAAACCAGUUGCACGCUGGGCAGCUUCAUGUACAUUCUGAUGGCACCAGCUCUCUGCACCUGCUGGAUUUUAGGUUCCAGCUACAGGCUUAAGCUGAGAAAAAAAUAUAACUUGGUUCAGGCUCCAGCUGAGGAUUGGAUUCUCCAUCUAUUCUGCCCUUUCUGCGCUCUUUGCCAGGAGUUCAGAGAGCUCCGAAACAGAGGAAUCGACCCCUCUCUAGGCUGGAUGGGUUAUCUUGCAAAACAACAAGAAACAAGGACUGUUCCUCCCCAGAACCAAUUCAUGAAAGCAUGAAAGCUAUGAUCUUUUCGGCAGGCCAGGCGGGUCAUCUUGUUCACCUUUAUUUCAGAAGAGCGUAAUAGACUUGCAUUAUUGUGUUU